AUGCGUAACUUGAAAAACGUGCGCCUCGCCGAGGUGCAGCUUCAGAAUGGGCUUCCUCUCACUGCAGCUGCUUGGGAUACAGCUUCCGAUGCUAUUAUUUGCACAUUUGGUCCCACAGCGACCAACCCAGUUCUCGAGCUCCGGAGAAAGCCCCAUGAUGCAUACUUUUCCGAUCCCGUUAGUCCAGAGACAUUCGAAUGUAUCGCGUCUUGGGAUGCGCCAUGCCCCCUCCCAGACUUGCCCUGUGAUCGCGUCCUCUCUCUGCAUUACUUUGCAGAUAAUUUGACUGCCUGCUUGGUCUUGGAAGGGGGGGAUAUUGUCAUCGUCCGUGAAGAACCCCUUCCUGGCGAGGACAAGAUCGAGAUUGUGGGCUCUGUCGACGUUGGGAUUACUGCGGCAGCGUGGUCCCCAGAUGAGGAGCUUUUGGCCCUUACCACCACAGCCAACACUUUCCUAUAUAUGACCAGGGAGUUUGAGAAUGUUGCAGAAAUCACUUUUACUCCAGGUGAUCUCCAGGCAUCCCAGCAUGUAUCCGUUGGUUGGGGAAAGCGCGAAACCCAAUUCCAGGGAAAGAGAGCCAAAGCGCUUCGCGACCCUACUGUCCCAGAGAAGGUGGAUGAGGGUAAGCUCAGUAGCUAUGAUGAUGGAAGGACCACCAUCACCUGGCGGGGAGACGGCGCCUACGUUGCGGUGAAUAGCAUUGAGGGAGGCGUUCGCCGUGCUAUCAGGGUUUAUUCUCGCGAAGGAACCUUGGACAGCGUGAGCGAGCCUGUUGAUGGCUUAGAGGGAGCUCUCAGCUGGAGACCCUCCGGCAAUCUGAUUGCUGGUAUUCAGAGGCUCGAUGACAGGAUCAACGUUGUUUUCUUUGAAAGAAACGGCUUGCGCCAUGGCGAGUUCACGCUCCGUCUUACCGAAGAAGAGCGGCCUACAUUCGCCUCUAACAUAUCCUUGAGCUGGAACGUCGAUUCAACAGUGCUUGCUGUACAAUUCCAGGAGAGGGUUCAGUUCUGGACCAUGGGCAACUACCACUACUACCUGAAACAGGAAAUUUCUGUGGUUACCGCGCCAGAGUACCCUCAUCCAUUCUCCUUCAAAUGGCACCCGGAAAGGACUUUGAGUUUUGUGGCAGGAGCAUCUGAGUCAAUUUUGGAUGGGGAUUUCGUCUUCGACGUAUCCCACGGCUCAACUACCGGCCCUAAAGAUGUUGGAGCCGUUGCUGUUCUUGAUGGAAAAAACCUAAAGUUGACGCCGUUGCGGUUGUCUGGGGUGCCACCACCAAUGGCUCAUAACGAGCUGGCUUUAGAUUCAAAUGCAAUCGAUGUUGCAUUUAGCAAGACCGGAACGAGAAUUGCUGUCCUCAUGAAGGAUCAUUUCUCCAUUUAUCUUUGGUCCCUCAAAACUCGGCCGGUUCCGAUGCCGAUUCUAGAGUCCAGUUAUCCGCUUUCUGAUGCGCGGGAUAGUCGUCCCCGUCAAAUUGCCUUCCUCAACGAUAACGAGGUCUACAUUCUUAAGAGCAAUGGGCCAAGCAACACUGUUAUUGAACAUACCGCUCUGGAGACCCGGGAGACCAAGGUUGCUUAUGUCGCAGCUGAUACUGAGCAAAUCGUUUCGAUCUUCGCAAGUCUUGGACACGAAGCACUAUGGUUUUCACAUGUCGGCCAACCCGCACAAACAAUUACAUACUCCGCAAUUGCAAAACUCUCCCCCGAUGACUUCCAGGUUAUGCCUUGGGAUCAAAGCCCUAGUGUUGACACUUAUUGGGCUAAGGCGGCUCAGAUCUCCGAGACUGAGAAUGUUUUGAUAUCCCUUUCAAGGACUGGCGCUUUGUAUGCGAACAAGACAUUACUCGCAAAGAACUGCACGUCUUUCCUUGUGACGGAGUCUCAUGUUCUAUUUACCACCUCACUUCAUCUCCUGAAAUUCGUUCACUUGACUCGUGCUGAAGAUAUGGAAGUCCCCCCAGAUACCCCUGAAACAGACGAACGUUGCAGAGCCAUUGAACGUGGAAAUCGCCUUGUGACCGUGAUGCCUUCUACAUUUUCGGUUGUUCUACAGGCCCCUAGGGGAAAUAUCGAAACUAUUUAUCCUAGGGCGCUUGUGCUAGCUGGUAUUCGGUCUUUUAUUGACCGGAAGGACUACCGAUCUGCGUUCCUCACCUGCCGCAGUCAGAUGGUUGACAUGAACCUCAUCCAUGACUAUGCUCCAGAUCAAUUCAUGGAAUGCAUUCUGUUGUUCGUCGACCAGGUUAAGAGGAUUGAUUUAAUUGACGAGUUCCUCUCUCGCUUGAAGGAGGAAGACGUUUCACAGACGCUCUAUAAGGAUACACUACCCACGAGAAAAUCAGAUGUUACCGGACAGAAUGGUCUCGCAAUCCCCAUCAUCAAGUCGGCUAAGAAAGGAAGCAAGGUCAAUCGGAUCUGCGAUGGCUUUUUGGCGGCUCUAGAGAAACGAUCAGACACCAAUAUGCAUAACCUGAUCACUGCACAUGUUUGCAAGUCACCUCCAGACCUUGAGUCAGGUCUUCAACUGGUUGCCCGACUGAGAGACGAGAGCUCUGAGCAAGCAGAGGACGCUGUCGAGCACAUAUGCUUUUUGACAGACGCCCACCGCCUGUACGAUACAGCUCUGGGUCUUUACGAUCUUGAGUUGACUUUGCUGGUUGCGCAACAAGUCCAAAGGGACCCCCGUGAAUACCUUCCAUUCCUGCGAAAACUCCAGCAACUACCUGAACUCCGACGAUACUUCGAGAUUGACAACUACCUCGGACGAUGGAACAAGGCCCUCAAACAUCUCCAUGCACUGAAUGCCCACGACGAGCUCCGGGAAUACGCAACCAAGCACGUACUGUACAAGGAUGCCAUUGACAUUUACAAAUACCAGCCCGAGCAACUGCGUGAUACCACCCACCUCUACGCAAACUACCUGCGCGAUGAAUCCAAGCACAAGGAAGCAGGCAUUGCAUUCGAGUCUCUAUCCCUCUACGCAGAUGCCUAUAAAUGCUACCACCUCGCCCACCUCUGGCGUGAAUCCCUCUACUGCGCAACCAUGGUCCCGCUCUCCGCGGCCGAACUCACCACCCACGCGUCCACGCUAGCCACAACCCUCAUCGACGAAAGCCGCGACUACACCUCGGCGUCCCAAAUCCACGCCGAACACCUCCACGACAUCCCCACGGCCGCCCGGCUGCUCUGCCGCGGCUCUCGCUUCGCCGACGCCACGCGCCUCCUCGCCCUGCACGGCAAACAGCCCCUCAUCCCGGAGAUAGUCGACACGGGGCUCGCCGACGCCAUGGGCUCCAUGACGGACCUCCUCGCCGAUUUCCGAGCCCAGCUAGCCGCCCAAGUACCCCGAAUCGCAGAGCUACGGGUCCGAAGAAUCACCGACCCGCUCGCUUACUUCGGCGGCGAUCCGUCCUCCAUGGCAGCAGCUGGCGGCGAUGGCGCAAACGCCAUCGACAUACCCGACAACGUCUCUCUCGCGCCGACAGACGCAUCGACCUUUGCAGGCCGCAGCAUGUUCACCCGGUAUACCGGGAAAACCGGCAAAACGACCUCGUCUCGCCAGAGCUCGAGAAACCGGCGCAAGGAGGAGCGGAAGCGCGCGAGCGGGAAGAAAGGAACCGUCUACGAGGAGGAGUAUUUGGUGAAUAGCGUGCGACGACUCAUUGAGAAGGUCAAUGCGACUAUCGGGGAGGUGGAGAAUCUGGUCGACUCGUUGCUUCGACGCGGGAUGCGGGAACGUGCGGCGGCGAUCGAGAAGGCAAUGCAGGAGGUCUUGAAAUUGUGUACCGAGAGUCAGGAGGAGGUGUUUGGUGGCGGUGGUUGUGGUAGUAGUAGUAGUAGCGCUUCUCCUGGCCAGGAGGAAGGCCAGCAGGGUGGUGGACAGAAGAUGGAGGAGGUGGUGCCCGAUGUUGUUGUAGGCGCUGGGUUUGAAGCUCCUAAGCCUGUCGGCGGACAGAAGGUUUUCUGGGAGAGUAUUAUGUCGACUGCUGGAGUGGGCCAGGGUCAAGACGUGCCCAAGGUCAAGGAGAUGAAGAAAUCGGCGCUGCUGAAUUAG